UUAGGUGAUUGAUAUAAGCUUUAACUCCCUGUAAGGAUUCCUGACCUAACCGAACGAGCCCUUAAGGAGAUUGCAGUGCUCCAACAGACUAUCUAUCCCAUCCCCAUACCACUAAACUUUUUAUCAAAACAGUAUCAUUUAGCUAACAUUUAUGGCCAAUGGGGUGUUGGAGAUGCUAUUAUAUAUACGGAAGGUUGAUAUUUUUUCUUUUUUUUUUGGAAAAAAGUAAUGUGUCGGUGUAGUCCCCAAACGGGCAACAGUCGAGCCGCGCGCGCGCCUCGUCUCGCUGCUUAUAUAAGCUUAGCUUGGGCGCAUUUUGUGCGCGGACGCACGCAGCCACACGCGCGCGCGAGCAGUUGCCAUGGGUCUCUCCGGUUCCGGCGUCGCGCUGAUGCUCGUGCUCCUCGGCCUCUGCGGCGCCGUGUCGUGCUCGACGGCGCCGCCCCUGCCGCCGCCGGAGAUGCUGCGCGAGAGCUUCGCGGGGAAGUCGGAGUUCAGGACGGUGAACCGGAAGCUGCUGGGGUCGUGCCUGAACCCGGGCCCGUACCUGGCGAUCAGCGUCGGCACCGGCGGGGCUGCGGCGCUCCCCGACGAGGCGUUCGUCAAGGUGACCGUCGCCGGCGUCCUCAGGCCCGGCCGCGACGACUGGGUCGCCAUGAUCACGCCUUCCAACUCCAGUGUCUCCGGGUGCCCUUUCGGCGGUUCGAACUACGCCCAGACUGGUGAUCUAGCGCGUCUCCCGCUCCUGUGCCACUACCCUGUGAAGGCCCAGUACCUGACGAGCGACCCCGGCUACCUGGGCUGCAAGAGCGCGGCGUGCCAGAAGCGCGGCGCGUCGGGCGCCUGCCGGGUCCGCACCUGCGCCGCCACGCUCACCUUCCACGUCGUCAACUUCCGCUCCGAUGUCGAGUUCGUGCUCUUCUCCGGCGGCUUCGGGACGCCGUGCGUCCUCAAGCGCUCCGGCGCGCUCCGGUUCGCCAACCCGGCCAGCCCGCUCUACGGCCACCUCUCCAGCACCGACUCCACGGCCACAUCGAUGAGGCUUACGUGGGUGAGCGGCGACGGGAGGCCGCAGCAGGUUCAGUACGGUGCCGGCAAGUCCGCUGCUUCUCAGGUCGCAACGUUCACGCAGAAGGAUAUGUGCAGUGUCCCCGGGUUACCAAGCCCUGCCAAGGAUUUUGGGUGGCAUGACCCUGGCUACAUCCACUCGGCCGUCAUGACUGGCCUCCAGCCUUCUCAGUCCUACAACUACCGUUACGGAAGUGAUUCAGUGGGUUGGAGUGACACAAACAAAUUCAGAACUCCACCAGCCACUGGUUCAGACGAGACAUUCUUCGUGAUCUAUGGUGAUAUGGGGAAGGCACCACUGGACCCAUCAGUGGAACACUACAUUCAGCCUGGAUCAGUUUCUGUGGCCAAGGCCGUGGCUAAAGAAAUCGAAACUGGAAAGGUCGACUCGAUCUUCCAUAUAGGCGACAUCAGCUAUGCUACAGGCUUCCUGGUUGAAUGGGACUUCUUCCUUCUCCUCAUCAAGCCACUAGCUUCUCAAAUUUCGUACAUGACCGCUAUUGGUAAUCACGAAAGGGAUUAUGCACAAUCUGGAUCUGUGUAUGUGACCCCAGAUUCAGGCGGAGAAUGCGGAGUUGCAUAUGAGUCCUACUUCCGCAUGCCUGUUGUCAGUAAGGAUAAACCAUGGUAUUCAAUUGAGCAAGGGAGUGUUCACUUUGUUGUGAUGUCGACUGAGCAUGACUGGUCAGAGAAGUCGGAGCAGUACAAAUGGAUGGAUCAAGAUUUGUCGUCAGUCAAUAGAUCGAGGACACCAUGGGUAAUUUUCAUUGGGCACAGGCCGAUGUAUUCCUCCCAUAUCGGCAUACCAGCCAAUGUGGAUCUAAUUUUUGUAAACUCUGUCGAGCCACUAUUGCUCAAGUACCAGGUGGAUUUGGUUUUCUUCGGCCAUGUACACAACUACGAGAGGACUUGUGCAUUAUAUAAGAACAAUUGCAAAGGCAUGCCAAAGAAGGAUGCAAGUGGAAUUGAUACUUAUGACAACAGCAACUAUACCGCGCCAGUUCAUGCCAUUGUUGGAGCAGGAGGGUUCAACUUGGACAAGUUCCCUAAGAUUGUGUUGAACAAGUGGAGCUCAUCAAGGGUUUCGGAGUUUGGGUAUGCCAGGGUGCAUGCUACAAGAACUGAUGUUUUGGUUCAGUUUGUAAACUCAGAUACGAUGGAGGUACGUGACCAGUUUAGAAUGGUGAAGGGAGCUCUAGCAAGGAAGCUAUGAAGCUAGCUAUGGAGUAACUUCUAUUUUUUUUUUGAUAUGCCAUAAGUUGGCGCUGCACUAUACAUCAGCGCACAUCCUGUAUUCUACAAUUGCUUGUAUUAUAAAUCUGUACAUCAACAGUACACGUAUCUGUACGAAGUGUUUCGACUCCAGUUUCUUCUUGCCUUCCGUGCCAUUCUGUUACUGUAGUUAGCUUCUGAACUCUGAAAGUCCCAUGUACACUUGCUGGUUC